AGUCUUUCACUGUCUGCUAGGAUCUUCUUCUCUCUGCUCUGCUUUUUCUUCUUCUACUUCUUCUAUCUACUUCUUCUACUUCUCCCUUAGCAACUAGCCAGCUCUUCUUGAGAGCUUCAUUGUAGGCAGCAUGAAGGAGAAUGGUUGCAGCAGGAAACAGGGUGCAGCUUCACCAUGCGCAGCUUGCAAGCUACUGAGGAGGAGGUGUGCGCAGGACUGUGUUUUUGCUCCUUACUUUCCCGCAGAUGAGCCCCAGAAGUUCGCUAAUGUUCACAAAGUCUUUGGUGCCAGUAAUGUCAACAAAAUGCUGCAGGAGCUACCGGAGCACCAGAGAGGUGAUGCGGUGAGCAGCAUGGUGUAUGAAGCAAAUGCAAGAGUCCGGGACCCGGUUUACGGCUGCGUCGGGGCGAUUUCAUCUCUGCAGCAACAGAUUGAUGUGCUUCAGACCCAACUGGCUCUGGCUCAGGCUGAGGUGGUGCACCUUAGGGUUAGGCAGACUGCAUCCAUCUCCAACCAUGGGCUGAGCCCCUCGAGCCCAAGUAAUAGCGGCUCGCCGUCGUCGUCGAGGUUUGCCGGUUCACAGGCCCGGCCCAUUUUUGACAUGGAUAUGAUGAUGGACCAUAGCAGCUUGGGAUUGGGAGAGUCCAUGUGGUCAUGCUGAGGUUAAUAACGUACUACUACAUAAGAGUUGCUAAUUAUCGUACUCCACUCUACUAUAUCCUAGAGAGUAAUUGAUCAUGCUUAGUUUUGCUUAUGCAUCCUUACUAUACAUGCGGUAAAAUCUAGUGACGGCCGGUGAAAGCGGAGGCGGCGGAGACAGUGACGGUACUGACUGAGAUGAUUCGCCCGCUUGGAUCCGAGAUCGGUUUCUACUAGUUACUAGAUUGUAAAUAUAGUUUUAACUUAAUUUUCAUAUAUUGGGUCCCCAAUCAUAUAUUGGCUUGUGGGACUUAUUUUCAUUAUGAAUCAAGUG